AUGCACACUUCAAAAGUCCUAGCACUCCAUGCUGUCGUGCUCGCCUCUGUCUCGGAGACAGGAGCGAGUUCGGACCCAGCGACUGUGCCAUACCCGCUGUGUGUUUUCGCUAUUGGCGACUAUGGCUCAACUUUGGCGAGGGAGUCGUGUUGCGUCCGUUCGUCGUCGUUCAACAACUAUGACGUCCACGCUCAGGACGUUGUCGCAAGCUUAAUGAACACAGAGGCUGGCAAUAUCGCUGCCAAGCCCCAGGCUAUCAUCGGACACGGUGACAACUUUUACUGGAACGGCAUCAUCAGUCGUGAAGCACGCGACUCUCGGUUCACCUCGACGUUCGAAGACAAGUACGACGGCCUGAACAUUAACACCAUUCCUUUCGUGAAUGUGAUGGGCAACCACGACUAUGGCGGGUCGAGCUUCGUCUGCAACAUUGGCGACAAUCCAUCCAAGUGCGACAGCACCGAGGCGCUGAUCCAGGGUCUUGAGAAUAAAUUCCGAUGGCAAUCUGAGUACACGAGUCCGAACGACAACCGUUGGAUUCUAAAAGAUCACUUCUACGUCCAUCGGGUUGAAGACGCGGCAACGGGUGUCAGUAUUGACAUCUUCAACAUCGACACGAACGACGCCGAUGUGCAUGGAGCCAUGCAAGUUUGCUGUCAAUGCUUUGGGUACUCGAACGGCAACAGUGGCGUCUGCAAAUCCGUUGGGCGUGGCCAUGAGUUCUGCUGUGGUGGGGACACGGGUAUGUUUGAUACCUGCAUGGCCAAGUUCACCGAGUGGGGCGACGACUCGCGCGCUCAGAUCGCUGAAAAGGUCAAGCAGUCCACUGCGACGUGGAAGGUCGUUAAUAGCCACUACAGUCCUUACAACCACUACGCUCAGAAAGGCAUGAACAAGUGGUUCGACACUUUGCGAGGCUUGGGCGUCAACGUCUGGAUAAAUGGCCACGCUCAUGCUGAAAAGCACGACUUCUCGGUGCCGCUGGGCAUUCACUUUUUGGAGAAUGGCGCGGGAGGUGGAAUUCAGAAAGAGCCUGCUAGUGGCAUCCCGGAUUAUGCUGCUGGAUUUAUUAAGAAUGAGUGGAGCUACUCUGGUGACGAGUACGGCUUCAUGUCUUUGCAGGCUUCGUGGGAAUGGAUGAAGCUGCAGUAUCACACAGCAGACAAGUCGUGGUCGUUUGGAGAGGAUUUUAACACCACGAAGAUCGGGGGCGUCGAAACCAAGCACUGCUGGUACAUUCCUCUGGAUGGUACGGAGGGCAGACGAUGCUACUAG